GAUCAACACGCGAUUUUCUUGUCUCUCAUAAAUUUGUCAUUGGGCACCGAUUUUCUGGAAGAAGUUUUUGUAGUUUAAUUAAUAAAACACAUUUAAUUUUUUCAAAAUGUAUGGACAGCAACCUAUAUUAGUUCUCAGCCAAAAUACAAAACGUGAGUCCGGCCGGAAAGUUCAGCUUGAAAAUAUUAGUGCAGGAAAGACCAUAGCUGAUGUUAUAAGAACAUGCCUCGGACCUCAGGCCAUGUUAAAAAUGUUAAUGGACCCUAUGGGAGGCAUCGUGAUGACCAACGAUGGUAAUGCUAUACUCAGGGAAAUCACAGUACAACAUCCAGCUGCAAAAUCUAUGAUCGAAAUCGCAAGGACCCAAGAUGAAGAGGUUGGAGAUGGAACCACAUCAGUCAUAGUGCUAGCAGGAGAAAUGUUGGCGAUUGCAGAACCUUUCUUGACACAGAAUAUUCAUCCAACAGUCAUCAUCAGAGAAUACCGCCAAGCUUUAGAGGAUGCUAUAGUUCUGCUUCAAGACAAAAUUUCAGUGCCUGUAGAUUUGAAUGAUAGAGAUAAGAUGAAAGAAGUUAUUCGUUCAUGUGUUGGAACAAAGUACAUCGGUCGUUGGGCAGAUCUUGCCGUAGACAUUGCUCUUGAUGCGGUUAAUACUGUUACUGUGAAUGAUAAUGGCAGAAUUGAGGUUGACAUCAAAAAUUAUGCAAAAGUGGAAAAGAUCCCAGGUGGCACAGUUGAAGAGUCUCGUGUGCUCAGCGGUGUUAUGUUCAACAAGGAUGUAACCCAUCCAAAGAUGAGGAGGUAUAUUGAAAAUCCGCGCAUUAUCCUGUUGGAUUGCCCACUUGAAUACAAAAAGGGAGAGAGUCAGACCAACAUUGAGAUUAUGGGUGAACAGGACUUCACUAAACUGCUACAACUAGAAGAGGAACAUGUACAGCGUCAAUGUGAAGAAAUUAUUGCACUUAAACCAGAUAUUGUCUUUACCGAAAAGGGAGUUUCAGAUCUUGCACAACAUUACCUUGUUAAGGCUGGGAUUACUGCUAUCCGCAGACUCCGUAAAACGGACAACAACCGUCUAGCGCGGGCGUGUGGAGCAACAAUUGUCAACCGUACUGAGGAACUCAAGGAAUCCGAUGUCGGCACCGGAGCUGGACUGUUUGAGAUCAAGAAGAUCGGAGAUGAAUAUUUCACUUUUGUCACUGAGUGCAAGAACCCCAAGGCAUGCACAAUAUUACUCCGUGGUGCUUCUAAGGACGUCCUGAAUGAGAUUGAAAGGAAUCUUCAAGACGCUUUACACGUCGCCAAGAAUUUGGUGGUGUCGCCGCGGCUGGUGGCGGGGGGCGGCGCCGCGGAGAUGGCCGUGUCCAGCGCGCUGUCGCACCGCGCCGCGCACAACACGCCCUACAGGGCCGUCGCCACCGCGCUCGAGAUAAUACCGCGCACGCUCGCGCAGAACUGCGGCGCCAACACCAUCCGCACGCUCACGGCGCUGCGGGCGCGCCACGCCGCCGGACUCGCCUCGGCCGGCAUCGACGGCGAGACCGGAGAGAUCGUCGACAUGGCCGUCAAGGGGAUCUGGGAGCCGCUCGCCGUCAAACUGCAGGUGUACAAAACAGCCGUCGAAACAGCGAUCCUGCUGUUGAGGAUCGACGACAUCGUGUCGGGCUCCAAGAAGAACAAGAACAAUGAGCCCGCGGCGCCGGCCGAGAUGGCCGCACAAGAAAACUAACUUACAUUAUAUAAUUAGCAUUUAAGCUCGUUUUUGGGACUAAUCUUGACCGUAGUUCAGCAGAUGUCAUUCAAAUUACGCGAUAAUUAUUCAGCUAGACCAUAAUAUAGAAUCAUUUAUAGAUUUCAACAUCAUCAUCAUCAUCAUCAUCAUUAUUAUUUCCUAUUACC